UGCAUGGAAUUUUAGGUCAAAGAAAUUUAAAAGAAUAUUUAUGCAAAAUCUCCGUAAAGCCCCAGAGAAUACAAAAGAUGGAUUUUAUCCAAAAAGUUAUUUUCAUAACGCAGCAUUUAAUAUUAUUGCUUUAAUCUGUUGGGGUAAACGAAUAGAAAGCUUCGAGAAUCCAUUUUAUAAAGAAAUUAAUGAUGUUAAGGGAGAUAAAGAAAAGAGACCUUGUGCCAUUAGAGAUAUGCUUAACAAAGUAAACGAAGUUUCUUCAAGUUUGACAUGGCUCACUGCUGUUUUAGCUGACCAUCUUGAAGUUCAAGCUAAAGCUCAUCAAGAGCUUGACCAAGUAAUUGGCCGAUCUUGUCUACUAAAAGUUUCUGAUGGACCAAAUAUUCCUUAUAUCUGCGCUAUAAUUAAAGAGGGUCAAAGAUAUUGUGCACCUGUUUUUCUUGCAGCGCCUCAUUAUGAUGAUGAAUAUAAUGGGUAUCAUAUUCCAUCAAAUAAAUUUAAAGAAAGCGGCGCAUCUUUAACAAAUGGAAAUUAUGAAAAUAGAGUUUUGGUGCUGGAAGAAGACUUUGCACUGGAAUUCAUACGAACUUUUAUUUGGGAAUCUCGUAUCUUCCGAAUUGAAAACGCGCCACCAUUAGGUGAAGAUGGUAAACCAAUACCAAUUGGUUUAAAUAUAGAACGUUUUGCUAUUACUAUUUGGCCCAAAAGUUUC